UGCCUGAAGAGAGAGAAAGUCAGAGACAGAGAGCAAGAGAGAGAUUAAAAAUGAAUGGUUUGGACAAGUGAAGUUGCAAAAUUCUGCCCAUUGCCGCAGUGUGUUUUUGGCAGUUCCCAAACACAAGGCUAUCUCCUAAAAGCAAAGAUUAUAUAACGGAACAGGAAACAUGAACGUUGAAGACUAUUUUGCAAGAACUGGCUACAAAGGCCCUCUGGAAAAACUCGAUUUGGAAACCUUAACAGCGAUCCUCCAGCACCAUAUACGAGCGGUACCUUUUGAAAACCUCAGUAUCCACUCCGGAGGAACCAUUGGUUUGGACUUGGAUCAAGUGUAUGAGAAAAUUGUACGGAAAAGGCGUGGAGGUUGGUGUAUGGAGAACAACCAGUUGUUAUCCUGGGUUCUUAAAACCCUGGGAUAUCACACCACAAUGUUAGGGGCCUAUGUCUACGUUCCACAGCAAAAUGAUUAUGGUACUUCUAUGAAUCAUCUCAUCCUUAAGGUAGUGAUUGAUGGUGCAACCUACAUUGUGGAUGGUGGCUUUGGUUCUGCGUACCAAAUGUGGCAACCGAUGGAACUGGUGUCUGGCAAAGACCAGCCUCAAACACCGGGGAUCUUUCGCUUCACGGAAGAAAAUGGCACUUGGUACUUUGUGAAAAUUAGAAGGAAACAACACGUUCCCAAUUCCGACUUAGCCAACUCAGAUCUCUUAGACAAAGGGGAGUGCAGGAACAUCUAUUUGUUCAGCCUUGAGCCACGGACAAUGGAAGACUUUCGGUACCAGUGUUCGUAUCUCCAAACGUCCCCAGAUUCUCUGUUUACAAGGAAAUCUAUCUGCACCCUCCAAACUACUGAUGGUUUUCGAGCUUUGAUUGGGUGGACAUUCUCGGAGACAAAAUACAACUACCAGGAGAACAUGGAUCUGGUGGAAAUGAAAGAAUUGAAGGAUGACCAGGUGGAGGAAAUGUUGAAAGAGAAAUUUGGAAUAACGCUGGAGAGCAAGCUGGUUCCAAUUAACCUCCAAGGGCCAUAUUCCAUCUAGAGUGGAAGAUAAUAUAUUGCAUGAUGCUAUAUGUUUGCAGCAUUGCACAAUGCUAUAGAUGUGCAGCAGGAUUUGCUGUCUGUUUAAUGAUUUACUAAAUGGUGGAUUAAACUUUAAUCCACCAUCAUUACAUAAAAUGCAAUAAAAGGACCCAAACUAUAGGCAUGGUUUAAUACACAGAAUAGGAUGACUGUACAUCUUGCUUUCACUGACACUGACAACCAGUGACUGCAUAGAAGGGAAUUAAACCGUCUCUGAUAAUGAAUUCCUGAAAAAUUUAAGCAUUUGAAAAUGAAGUGAUUUGUUUUCUAUAUAUUAUUAAAUCACAUCUGUAUAAUGAUUUAUUAAAUGGUGGACAAGGCACAGUCUUUCAGCUUCAGAGGAAGACAAUGGCAAUCACCUCUGAACAAAUCCUGCCAAGAAACUGUGAGAGGUUAACAUUAGGUCUGAGUCCUAUUGGGGAGAAAAGUGGGGUAUAAAUCAAAUAAAUUAAUUAAAACAAUCAAUAAUCUAUGUUUGUCAUAGGUCCAAAAUGACUUGAAGGCAGACAGCAUCAACAACGUCUGUGUCUACAUUAGAAAUAAAGAAGACUUUAAGUGUUGUACCUCCAUCCUACGGAAAAAGAAUAGAUUUGUUGGAUUUUUGGCUUGGCCAAGAUAUUUAUUUUGGCUACUUUUGUCCUUUAAACAAAACAAUCUAUAUAUGGCAAGUGGUUGAAAUUUUGAGACACUGUCUAUCGGAGAGCUCUGGUGCCACAAGAAACUAUGAAUUCCAGAAUUCCAUAGGAUGGAGUCACAGCAGUUAAAGCAGUGUCAAACUGGAUUAUUUCUGCAGUACAGAUUGGAUCAAUAGUAUAGAAUCCCCAUCCAGUGCCAUCAGUCAAUCUCUAUGAAGCAUCUGUCCACAAUCUAAAAUAUUCCAUCCAAGUAUAUGAGGGUGAAGGAAAACAGGGGAAUUACUACAAGUUAAUGACCAUUUAUGCAGCUUCACAUUUUAGGCAUGGUUUAUGAUGACAUGCUGAGCUUUUUUUGUCUUUUAGGCUGCAUCCGCACUGCAGAAAUAAUCCAGUUUGACACCACUUUAACUCUUGUGGCUCAAGGCUAUGGAAUUUUGGGACUUGUUUUCGUUGUGGCCCCAGAGUUCUCUUACAGAGAAGGUUAACUACAAUUCCCACAAUUCCAAAGAUGGAGUCAUGGCAGUUAAACCAGUGUCAAACUGGAUGAUUUCUGCAGUGUGGAUGCAGCGCUAGUCAGACUCUUCAGAACUCUGCACAGGAACUGCAAAUAGGAUGCUUUUAAUGGCAGUGCUUCAUAUUCAUCUCUGAAUUACGCAGGAGCAUGCUUCUUUUUUUGACAAACACAAGCAUUAAUAAAGUGAGCAGGGAACGAAAAUACUUGGUGAAGCCUUAAUCGGAGGGGGAAAAGUAUGGAUAUUGAUAUAAUUUUAAUUACAUGAGCCAAUAUUUACAGAGCUUUCAAUUCCAGUCUCCAUUUAUUUCUGUUCAUAUAUACAUUAGUAACACUUGUGAGAGUUAUAUUUAAGUCACCAGCUAUAAUGAAAUAGCGCACCUUGCUUCUGUGCGCGCUCUCUCUCUCUGUGCUUACCAAGCUGUAAUUGAGAGCAUUGCUUUAAAUUUCCCAAGCUAAGAAAAACAUUCUUCUCAUUCUCCUUCAGAUGUCUUUACACAGCUGUGCAAGCUUUUGUUGCAGAAAUACGUUUCUAGUCACUAAAGUAUUGUGUGUAUUUUUGCUGGGGAGGGCCAAAUUCUUAGCAAGGGGCAAUGCUGCCAUCUCCCAUUUUGCUUAUGAAUUUUGAAAAAACAAGUAUCUGACCUGUGUGCAAACAAGAAUACUAGGCUAUAUAGGAUUUUUUUGAGUUGAUUCGGCACAAUUCUUGCGCACUUUUUCUUCAUCUGCCCCAAGAUUGUGGAAUGACCUGCCUGUCUCAGUUGAAAAGCGCAUUAAAGUCCAGUCUCUUCUGGCAGGCCUAUCCAGAUGAGUUUUAAAUUGUGAACUUUAAAUGAUGCAUUUUAGAUGCGGAUUGUUUUAGUAUGUGUAUGCCUUAUUUGUCCUCUUUUUAAAAAAGUUAUGUACAAACAAAACAUGACAACAAACAGUAUACCAAAAAAACAACAACAAAUAAACAUAACGUCAGAGAUAAUAA